AUGUUUAAAGUAUAUCCCUUAGGGUCUGGUUAAGAAGUUGGGCGUAGUUGUGUGAUGUUGACUAUUUACGAUAAAACGAUCAUGUUGGAUUGUGGUUUGCAUAUGACACAUUAAGACAAUCGCAGAUUUCCAGAUUUUUCAGUAUGAAGAUUUUCUAUCUAAUUAGUUAAUCGAGGAGAAAUUGGGACGUAAGUACGUUGAUUUGGUGUUGAUCACACACUUUCAUCUUGACCAUUGUGGUGCUUUGCCAUAUUUCACAGAAUUAUAUGGUAGAUUAAUAUAAUGAUAUUUAGGGAAUGGCUAUAAUGGACCUGUGGUGAUGUCUAUGCCAACCAAAGCCUUGUUGCCUUACAUGUUGGAAGACUAUAGAAGAGUAUUAUACUAUCACUAUUUCGAUAGAUUUGGACAAUGCCUAAGGAAGAUUAACAAUUCUAGCAGCAGCCAUCCUAAUAGGAUUUUAGUAUCAAUCCACAAAUCAAAACUGAUCCAUUAUUAAUUUAUGACCAUGAAAAUAUCAAAUCAUGUGUCAAUAAAGUGUAAGUAAUUGGACUUUAUGAAACCCAAAACUUUGAUGGAGUUGAAGUGACUGCAUAUUAUGCUGGUCAUCUUUUGGGAGCUUGCAUGUUUCAUGUGAAAUAUAAAAACGUAUCCGUUGUCUACACAGGAGAUUACAAUUCAAUUGCUGACAGACAUCUGGGAGGAGCCUAUAUUGAUCAAUUACAACCAGAUCUGGUGAUUUCAGAAAGCACUUAUGCAACCAUUAUCAGAGAUAGCAAAAGAACCAGAGAGAGAAAUUUCUUGAUGCAUGUCCAAGAAGUUCUUGACAGAGGAGGGAAAGUCUUGAUCCCUGUAUUUGCUUUAGGGAGAGCUCAAGAAUUGUCUGUGUUAUUGGAAUCUUAUUGGCAGAGAACGAAAUGCAAAGCAGGACUUUAUUAUGCUGCUGGUCUCAUUGAAAAAGCGAAUUAAUAUUAUAAGAUAUUUACUGGGUGGGAAUCUGAAAAAAUUUAGUAGUCCUUCUUAGACGAUAAUAUCUUCAACUUUAAAUACAUACAACCAUUUGAUAGAAAUCUAAUCAAAAGUCCAUUAUCUAUGGUAUUAUUGGCUACUCCUGGUAUGUUACAUGGAGGACUAAGUAUGUAGGUCUUUAAAGAGUGGUGUGGAUGUGCAAAUAAUAGUUUGGUUAUUCCAGGCUAUUGUGUACCAGGAACAUUAGGUAAUAAGCUACUUGCUGGAAUCAAACACGUUAGAAUAGAUAAUAAAGAUUAUGAUAUCAAAAUGCAAAUCAAUAAUAUGUCUUUUAGUGCUCAUGCUGAUAGCAGAGGAAUCAUUCAGUUAGUGAAUCAUCUUUAACCAAAAAGUAUUGCUUUUGUUCAUGGAGAAUAUCACAGAAUGAAAACUCUUGGAGCUGAAAUAAUUGAUAAAAUCUAAAUUAGAGUUGAUUGUCCUGCUAAUUUUGAAUUGCUUGAGUAUGAAAAGAUCUUGUCGAUCGAUCGACCUUUAACCAUAAAAGGAGAAUUCAAUAAGAACAUGAAAGGAUAUUUAUUGGAAUAUAAAGGGUAAAUGGUUUUGUUAUCUGAUGAAAACGAUAUAAUGAAGGAAGUCAAUUAAUUAUUAGGAAUAAUGUAAUCAGAAUAGGGAUAUAUGAGGUAAUAUAAAAUCACUGGUUAUUUAUUGUGA